CCCGAAGGGUCUGGGACGGGCGCCAGAGGGGGAGGGAAGCGGCAGUGUUCCUCGGUGGGACCCGGACAUGCUGCAGUUGUAACCAGCCUUGAUCCUGAUCCGUUGGACCGGACCUAGCCAGGGAGCGGUCCCCCAGCCGCAGCCGCUGGGGCGAGGAGCGGUGACAGCGCAGGAGCUCCGGGGGGGAAGGGAGGAAGGAGGAGAGACAAAGGGAGCGAGCCUGGCACUGCCUCCCUGCGCCGCCCACCAUGUGUCAGUCAGAGGCGCGGCGAGGACCGGAGCUCCGCGCGGCAAAAUGGUGAGAUGCUGUGGGCCACGGCUGCGUCCUAACCUGGCUUCGCCCCGCCUCGACCUCCGAAAGGUUGUAUUUCCCCCAGCUGGCCCUGAGGCGAAGGCUGGGACAGCUGAGCUGCAUGUCCAAACCUGCCCUGAAACUGCGCUCCUGGCCCCUGAUGGUCCUCUACUACCUCCUGCCACUUGGCGCCCUCAGGCCACUCAGCCGGGUGGGAUGGAGACCCGUGAGCAGGGUGGCCCUGUACAAGUCGGUGCCGACGCGCUUGCUAUCGCGGGCUUGGGGCCGCCUCAACCAAGUGGAGCUGCCGCACUGGUUGCGCAGGCCCGUCUACAGCCUGUACAUCUGGACUUUCGGGGUUAACAUGAAGGAGGCCGCCGUGGAGGACCUGCACCACUACCGCAACCUCAGCGAGUUCUUCCGGCGCAAGCUGAAGCCACAGGCCCGGCCCGUGUGCGGCCUGCACAGCGUGAUCAGCCCAUCGGAUGGGAAGAUCCUCAACUUUGGGCAGGUGAAGAACUGCGAGGUGGAGCAGGUGAAGGGGGUCACCUACUCGCUGGAGUCGUUCCUGGGCCCUCGCAUCCCCAUGGAGGACCUGCCCUUCCCACCAGCCACCUCCUGUGGCUCCUUUAGGAGCCAGCUGGUCACCCGAGAAGGGAACGAGCUCUACCACUGCGUCAUCUACCUGGCCCCCGGGGACUACCACUGCUUCCAUUCCCCCACUGACUGGACCAUCUCCCACCGGCGCCACUUCCCAGGCUCCCUGAUGUCCGUGAACCCCGGCAUGGCCCGCUGGAUCAAAGAGCUCUUCUGCCACAAUGAGCGGGUAGUCCUGACUGGGGACUGGAAACACGGCUUCUUCUCACUGACGGCUGUGGGGGCCACCAACGUGGGCUCCAUCCGCAUCUACUUUGACCGGGACCUGCACACAAACAGCCCACGGUACAGCAAGGGCUCCUACAAUGACUUCAGCUUCGUGACGCACACGAACAAGGAGGGCAUCCCCAUGCACAAGGGCGAGCACCUGGGCGAGUUCAACCUGGGCUCCACCAUUGUGCUCAUCUUCGAGGCCCCCAAGGACUUCAACUUCAAGCUGAAAGCAGGACAGAAAAUCCGAUUCGGGGAGGCUCUGGGCUCUCUCUAGAGCCUCUUUCAUGGCCACAGCUGCUGAGGGGUCUUUUCCACAGAAAUGUGAGGGUCUUUUCAAGGGGAACCUCUGAGGCUAUCUAGGAGGGGACCGUCGGGUCUGACCAGGCAGGACCUGGGUGACUUCUGUCCCUGCUGUCCAGGGUGCAGACAAGGUUGUCAGAGCCCCUCUCAUGUCCUAGACGUACAUCUUCCCCCUACCCACCUGAAGAGAAGUGCAGGCCAGGAUGAUUGAUUCCCUCUUGGAGAUUUUCUAACGUGUUGUGUAAACUGGAGACUACAUCUCCUGGCCGAGCAUUCAGUUGGUCUGAUUUCCGUUUUAAGAUAAGUGGUAGUUAAAGUACCUUCUUGCUGCUC